AGUCAGUAUGAGAGUAGCAAAGGCCAGUGAGUGACCCCACGUAGUUAUUAUCUUCCAUUAAAAUGUUGCUCGUAAUCUUUAUAUUGUGCGCCGUGUUCGGGCAAACUCUUGUCGCGCGUUCUCUUAACGACUUAAACUUCGAGAGGAAAAAUAUUCUAGAUGAUGAAUUCGAAAUGCAAGUUGGCGGACGCCUGCGUCUCACAGAGGAUGAAGUCACGGCAAACGAAAUCCUCAUGCAUUGGAAACGGUUAGAAAUAUCCCAAGCAUUCAAUAAUCCUGAAUACUCCAACUUCUCAAGACACUAUUUCACCUAUAAGCAUCAUAUUGACAAGUCAAAUGUCUAUCAAAUUAUACGGAAAAUGCCGAAGGGCGCCGCGCUUCAUGUUCACAGCACCCUCAUGCUGAGUACCGAUCGUGUAAUGGAGCUAACAUACGAGGACCACUUAUACGCUUGCUUCGCGAAUUCAGAAUUACACUUACAAUUCUCCACAACUGUUCCCAAACGGCCUUGCCCAGUUGAGUGGCGUCUUUUGAGCGAAUUAAGAAAUGAAUCAGCUGACGUCACUGCCUUUGAUAUGGAGCUAAGGAAAUACUUUAGUUUGUUUAUAAAUGACGACGAUGUUAUCACAAAUGGCGAUAUUAACUAUACGUGGGAUAGAUUUAACAAAAUCUGUAGAACUAUAAAGUAUUUGAUAUCAUACAGACCUGUUAGGGAGAAACAUUUCUAUGCAGGCUUAAAAGAGUUUUACGAUGACAACAUAAGAUAUAUCGAGGUAAGAAGCGGAUUAGCAAAACUAUAUGAAUUAAAUGGCACCGAACACGAUCCUACUUACUUGGCUCAUCUGUUUAAUAGAGUCUCGAAGAAGUUUAAAGAAGAUCAUCCCGACUUCUGCGGAAUAAAACUGAUUGUUACGCGGUGGCGCGGUAUCAACAUGGAGCAAAUGCAAGAAGUGAUCGAUGUCGCUCGUCAAGUGAAAAAGGAAUUGCCCGAUCUCUUUGCCGGAUUCGAUUUAGUGGGGCAGGAAGAUAAGGGCAAACCUCUGAAAGAUUUUCUUCCCCUUCUAGCUGCUCAGGACGACUUGCAAUACUAUUUCCAUGGCGGUGAAACAAAUUGGUCUGGAACUUCAACCGAUGAGAAUUUAGUGGAUGCGAUACUGCUUGGUUCAAACAGAAUAGGCCAUGGUUACGCAUUAAUCAAGCACCCAGCUCUAAUGGCAGCAGUGAAACAGAGAGACAUAGCAAUAGAAGUGAAUGUGAUAUCCAAUACUGUGUUAUCGUUAGUAAGUGAUGUCCGAAACCAUCCGCUGGCUGCCUAUUUGGCUUUAGGCUUGCCUGUGAUUAUAUCCAGCGAUGAUCCAGGGGUGUGGGGGGCAGAUCCUUUAUCCCAUGACUAUUAUGUUACAUUCACACGUGUAGCUAGCAAGAAAACCGAUUUGCGACUUUUAAAACAGUUAGCUAUAAAUUCUAUUAGGUAUAGUGCAUUGGAUGAUGAAGGUAAAACGUCAAUGUUUCGACUUUUUCACAAAAAUUGGUUGGAGUUCAUACAAAAUGUAACAGCGGAGAAUAGUUUUACAGACACGGUUAAAUAGACACAAAGCUAUAAUUCAAUAUGACUAUAUAAGGACUAAAGUAGGUGUAAAAGUGAAUUUAAAAUAUGGAUAUGUUAGGGUCACAGAGAUCGUCUUAUCGUGUCCGAUCAAAAAUGUUUACUUGUAUAAAUUAUUUAUUAAGAUAUAAACGCAAUUAUAGUACAAAUUAUAUGCAAUAUUUCUAACUUAGUAAGAUUCCAGGUGUCGUGUAGAAAUCAGAACAUUACCUAUGAACAACUUGCCAGCCAGUGGACUGUGUAUAAAUUUAUAUGUUAUAAAUGUCAAGUAUCUGUAUAGUAUAGGUAGUAUAUAUAUUAGCUGGCUGCAGUAGAUAACGAAAUAUAUGCGAGGAUGACGCCUAAGAACGUAACAACCCUACGGGUCCCGACGCCCUACAUAUGUGUCACCAGUUGGUAAAUGUUCAAGUGAAAUUUGAACAGCAAAGGCUAUUACCACUUAGUGGUUUUGGGAACGUUUAGGUCUUGGAUUCGACCCCGUGAAAAUUAUCUCUGUAUUCAAGAAAACAUGAAAUAUGUUAUGUACAUACAACGCAAUACGCAACUUGUGCCCUCCUUUUCACGGUCAUAAAUACGUGAAUUAGUCAUGGACUUCCUUAGGCAUUUGAUGACAGCUGAACUUGCGGACUCAAUAUAAUUAAGAGGUCUUCCCAUAAUUGGUCACACGUUGAGUAUUUUCAUUUAAUUACAAUCUACUGGCGGUUCUGACUUCACUCAUGGUUUUCAUGGUUUUCGUUGAAAGGUUUCUUUACAGGCUUACGCAAUGUAGCGAGAUUCGCAUAAACCAAUAACUCUUUACAAAUACAAAUCAAUAACUCUUUUGGCAAUGAGAAUAUAUAUUUAUUGCAUCUUUCACAUUAAUAAGUUCGGUAAAAGCGAAUAGCUAAUAGGUUUUCUGUGGCAAAAUUUACAAAAUCUAUAACAAAUGUAAUAUCCAACUUCGUAUCUGGAUGUAUCGGAAACGCGGACAUUGAAAAUGUUUCGUUCCAAUUUGUGUUUUCAAAUAGAAAAGCUGUCUGAACUUAUCGUAUUAUAAAAACUACAUUUUUGAAAUAUUGGCACACACGACAUGGGUGACUUUUAUGGAUGUCAAACAUCCUGUUUUUAAGUCAUGACAAACAUACAAAACCUUUUUCGUGUUAAUAUCGGUGUCAGUAAUACUGGUUAGAUUCAGCAAUUAGUGAAGGCGCCGAAUCGUCAACCACAAUUAAUUUUUAGUACAAUUUGUCACAGCGUAUCUUUGAAGAUCACCGGUGCAUGCGCAUGUCAAUAUUUGAAGCGUGUAAUGGAAUUAAAACAGUCCACAUGUCUGCAACUAAUCUAUACAUACCUAUAUAAUAAAAUAGUCUGACGUCCUAUUUCAACAGCAAGAGGAAAGAUAAAACAUUUUUGUUUUUGUAUGUUGUCUACUUGUCCUAUUGUAGGGAAUUGAAGGCUUGAAUUGUUCAAUAAAGGUUUUCUAUGU